GACGUCGAUUUAAAUUUGGAUCAGUUGCAUUUGAAUACCGAAGAUGGUAGCUUAUUCUCAUCUAUAUCUCUCUUUCUGGAAUCGACGAUCGUUGAGUUUACUCAUAGUCGGGUUCAUUGUGGGUGUUUGUCUCACACAAAUGCUUAUAUUAUCGACACCUUCACGUCAUGAAUAUCUGCCAUACGAUAAGCUCGGUGAGGAAGGACCCGCAGCCGAUGUUGUCGCACACCAACAUACUAACGAAAAUGUCAGCAUAUCGAAGAGGUUGAGCAAUGAAGUGCGUGUAUUGUGUUGGAUCCUAACAAGCCCGAAAAAUCAUAAAUCUAAAGCAAUACAUGUGAAACGAACAUGGGGACGACGUUGUAAUAAAUUACUUUUUAUGAGCUCGAAGUUAGAUGAAGAACUGGGCACCGUAACCUUGACAGCGCAAGAAGGUUAUAACCAUUUGUGGGGAAAAACGAAAGAGGCAUUCAAAUAUAUAUAUGCACAUCAUUUAAACGAUGCGGAUUGGUUCUUCAAGGCGGAUGAUGAUACGUAUGCUGUGAUGGAAAAUAUGCGUUACAUGCUGUAUCCUUAUUCACCGGAGACGCCCAUAUAUUUUGGUUACAAAUUUAAAUAUUAUGGAAAACAGGGCUACAUGUCUGGCGGUUCUGGCUAUGUUCUCAGUAAAGAGGCAGUUCGCCGAUUUGUCGAAAAAGCUUUACCAAAUAAAGAUAUCUGCCGAGAGAAUAAUGGAGGUUUUGAGGAUGUGGAAAUGGGCAAAUGUUUGGAGAAAGUAAAUGUAACCGCGGGCGAUUCACGAGAUCAAUAUGCUAGGAACCGUUUCUUUCCACUUGAUGUGGAAGAACAUAUGGUACCCAAAGAUAUCUGUUAUUGGACAUAUAUUUACUACAAAGUUGAUGAGAACGCUGAACCGCUUUCGGAUAGUGCAAUUUCCUUUAACAACGUAUCACCAAAUCAAAUGUAUGUUUUCGAAUAUUUCAUCUAUCAUUUGCGACCAUAUGGUAUAAAUAACACACUAGAGUCUCUGCCGGAACGUCUGAAGGUGGGCCAAACAUUACCACCGCCAGUAGCACAGUCGCUUGCAAUUGAGAUGAAUAGUACCACUCAAAAGUUGUAGUAAGAGAAAACUCCUUUUAUUAGUGUAUUUAAG